GCUGUGGUAUUAUCAUGUGCAAGCAAUGAGAUGCAGAGCAUUGCCACCAUAAGGGAAGCAGGGAGGAAGGAAAGGUGAAGGAGUAAGAGAGGAGAAAGGAAGCAACAAAGGAAGUAGGAAUAAAAAAAGGAAGAGGAGGAGGACCACUGAAAACAAGCAACGAUGCGAUUGGUCAGCGUGGCGGGGGCGCGGCUCCGCAGGGCGGCUGAGGAGGAGGAGAGGGAGCGUCCACUAUCCUCUCCGCACGAGUCACAUCGCUCCAACCACCAGUUCGCCAGUAUGAAGAACAAGUUCUUCAAUGAGCUCACACACCUGCCAAAUCAUAAGCUCAAGUUGCCCAUGUGGGCUGUGGGGGCCAUUGUGGUUGUGGUCCUUGCCCUUAUCGCCUGUAUGGGCUUCUGCAUCUACAAGAAGUGCUGCAAAAAAGAAAAGAAGCCCAAGAAGGUCCGUGAGAGGAAGGGAGGAAGAGGGCGCAGGAAGAAGGACAAGGAUGGAGAGGAUGGAGAAGAUAAGGAGGGAGAGCAGGGGAAGGAAGAGGAAGAGAAGGAGAACUUUGGCAAACUGGAGUACACACUGGACUAUAACUUUACUGAUAACCAGCUGAUAGUUGGCAUCCUCCAGGCUCAAGACCUUCCAGCAAUGGACUUAGGCGGGACCUCAGAUCCCUAUGUCAAAGUCUACAUGCUGCCCGACAAGAAGAAGAAGUUUGAGACCAAAGUCCAGCGCAAGAACCUUUGUCCUGUCUUCAACGAGACCUUUAUCUUUAAGAUACCAUAUAGCGAGUUGGGUGGUCAGACUCUGGUGCUGCAGGUGUUUGACUUUGACCGUUUUGGUAAACAUGAUGUCAUUGGCGAGAUCAAGAUCCCCAUGAACUCUAUAGACCUUGCACAGCCAAUACACGAAUGGAAGGAUCUGGUUGGAGGAGAGAAAGAGGAGCAAGAGAAGCUGGGUGAUAUCUGUAUUUCCCUUCGUUACGUCCCCACGGCCGGUAAGCUAACAGUUAACAUCAUGGAAGCCAAGAACCUGAAGAAGAUGGAUGUCGGAGGACUGUCAGAUCCCUUUGUUAAGGUGGUGCUGCAGCACAACGGCAAGCGGCUGAAGAAGAAGAAGACGUCUGUCAAACAAAACACUCUGAAUCCUUACUUCAAUGAGAGCUUUAGCUUCGAGAUCCCCUUCUCCCAGAUCCAGCUUGUCCUCCUCUGCUGUCUCCACAUGCAGAAAAUCCAGGUGCUGAUUACUGUGUACGACUACGACAAGCUGGGCAGCAAUGACCCCAUCGGCAAGUGCUGGAUCGGCUACGGUGCCUCAGGCGUUGGGCUGCGCCACUGGUCAGACAUGCUGGCCAAUCCCAGGCGUCCAGUGGCCCAAUGGCACACGCUGCUGCCAGAGGAGGAGGUGGACGCCGCUCUGAAGGCCCCCAUCCGCUAAACACACACCCAUACACCAUCAUCUGCAUAGGAGCUGUAUUUGUUCAUUUAAAACCAAACAACUGCAGGAUUUACGAAAUGACCUUUAACUUGAAUACUGGUGGUAAUUAGGGAUCCAAGAUCUUUUUUUCUUGUUUUUCUCCGCUAAAAGUGUUUUGGCAGCAAAAACUGCUGGAGGAAAACUCACCAAAAUUGGCAUGUGGGUUGAAAAUUCCGCCCACUAAAAAAAUGGCACUCAUAGACCUCGUGGUGGCGCUAUAACAACCAGCUUUACAUUUUUUAAAUGAUCUUGAAAACGGCUUCGCUUAGAGUCAAACGUCUUUCAUUAUUUUAAUCUGUGGAUUCGUCUGCAUCUUUGCUCUUGCUCUUCUGCUCUAAAAAUGUCAAAUAAUACGACUUUUUAUCACUUUUCUCUAAAACCUGUUUUUGCAAACUCGUCCCAGAUGGUUUCACCAAUCAACCUGAAACUUUGGCAGCAUCAUCUACAGAUGUCGCUGAUCAAAAGUUAUCAAAAGAAUUUUGAUACGUCAAUCUGUUUUUUUUUUUCAUAGAUUUUUACUUUUGUGUAUUUAAGUACACUUUUACACUACUCAGUUCAUGCAUAAAAUUUGGUAAUGAUUCCUCAAA